UGCUUGGAAACUAAGUAGCAAAUAUGGUGAUCUAUAAUUUUGAAGCUCACAUUUCACCAACCAAGUAUGGUAAGUGUGGGAAAUAUGUAUGUCAUCCAAAGCCACUGUUAGAAGGCGAAUUCUGGAGAGGCAAACAUGUUCUAAAGAGAAAGAUAGAACAAGCCAAAACAUAUUGUCUAAACACCUUAAGAAGAUUUACCCAAUUGGGCUUCAAAGAACCACUUCAUCACUCUCUUUAUCUUCAUUAUCAUUGUCUUUGUCCCAAAAUUCAAAUGAUUCUUCUCUUACAGACUCCUCAAUCCAACUCGAUCAGAAGAUUUCGUAUGCGAUUCGUUUGAUUACGCCGCCGCCUCCUGAAAGAAGAGAAGCUCCAUUGCCUAAGAGUGUCCAACAACAAUGUCAGGAACUUGGUGAUGGGGAACUCAGGAGGUGCAACUGGAUCACUCAUACCAGUGAUAAAGCCUAUGUAUCCUUUCACGACGAGUGUUGGGGCGUCCCGGUGUAUGACGACAACCGACUUUUCGAGCUACUCGCUCUAUCGGGGAUGCUGAUGGACUACAAUUGGACUGAAAUUGUGAAAAGAAGGGAACUAUUCAGAGAAGCUUUUGCUGGAUUUGAGGCAAGUACUGUGGCCAACAUGGGGGAGAAAGAGAUAUCAGAUAUAGCAUCUGACAAGGCCAUUAUGCUGGUGGAGAGCAGAGUGAGGUGCAUAGUAGACAAUGCCAAGUGCAUAUUGAAGAUAGCUAGAGAUUUUGGGUCGUUCAGUAACUAUAUGUGGAGCUAUAUGAACUUCAAACCAACAAUAAACAGAUUUAGAUAUCCAAGAAAUGUUCCCCUGAGGAGUCCCAAAGCGGAAGCCAUUAGCAAGGACAUGGUGAAGCGCGGUUUUCGGUUUGUUGGGCCAGUGAUUGUCUAUUCGUUCAUGCAGGCGGCAGGGUUGACGAUCGAUCAUCUUGUGGAUUGUUUUCGGCAUGGCGAAUGCGUAAAUCUUGCAGAAAGACCAUGGAGACAUAUCUGAGUUCGACAUUUCCUACUUUCCCUUCAAAGUUGUGGUUGUUUUGCUUUUGUGAGCAUUAAGUUAACAAUAUAAAAAAUUAUGCAUAGAGAAAGAGAGAGGAACUAAGAUGGAACUUCUCUGCUUCUUUGUUUAUCAGUUUCUGCUAGAAUGGCCAAUUCUGCAACUGAGCAACUCAUCAGUUGAUAUCAAAAAGUGCAGAGCUCACCAUUACAACAGUUGCAGAGCAGCCAUGGUUAUCGACAAGUUGAAGCUGGUGGAGAAUAAUAAGAUUGGUGUAUUUAAUUUGUUUAUGCUUCUAAUAUAUAACUAAUUAUUUUA